GUUGUAACUCUUUUGAAUAUCACUAAAAUUUGUGUCCAUAAUAAUGGAGGAAGACGUCAUAGAUCAAAAGUUACAGGCAGUUGAUGCAGCCCUUGUGGAGGGGGACCUGAAAGCAGCGCUGAAGAUUUGCAAAGAAAUAUUGCAAGCAGAUCAAGCAAACUACAAAGCGCUCGUAAAGAUUGGUUUGGUGUUAUUGAAGCGGGACUUGACUGACCAGGCUCUCAAAGCGUUCCGUAAAGCAACAUUGGUGGCUCCACAGAAUUUUGAAGCAUGGUAUCAUCUGCUGGGAUAUUAUCUGACGGAUACAUCAUCGGAUCAAACAAAUCAAUUGAUCCCAAUCUACGUUGGAUUACUCCAGGCUGAGGCGGAUGUGUUUGCAUGGCAAGAUCAUGUCAACAAGUUCUUGGAUUUAUGUGACCGCAAAGGUGACCUAAGUGCAGCCGUACCCUUACUUGCAAGUAUAGCCCGAAAUGGUGUUGGCUUGAAGCUGGAAUUCUGCUUGAAAGCCCUGCAAAGAAUUUGUGCAGCAAAAUGGCCAGAAGAUCAGCUAAUAUACCUGAAGGACGUUUACCAGAUCCUAGUCAGCAAAAAAGAAGCAACCCACUUCCGAAUCCAAUACCUGAAGAUCCUCUAUAAACUCAAGCAUUACUGUGAAUUCUUCAUGGAGGCAGAGGAUAUGACCACCAAACUUCCAUCAGAAAUUUUCCCUUUGAAACAAAUAUGUAAAGGGUUCUACAAACUCUCCCUUCUAAAUGAGGUCAUUCCUGAUAAUAUCAAACUCAAGAUAAAUGAAUACGCGGAUAAAUUGGUCACAAUUGAUCCAAAGCAAGAACAUGAUGCCCUGAUAACUAAAGGUGUCGAUUUAUUCUCGAAAGCUGAGUUUUCUGAUGCAAGAUUCUCAUUAAAUAAAGCUGUGAAGACCGGAAAACCUGAAUCGUGGUGGGGAUGGCUUCACUUAGCUCGUGCCCAUUUAGCACUGUUUUGCUACAAAGGAGGGUUGUACUGCUCGCUAGCCGCUUUGAGCUACUUGGAAAAAUCAAGAACUAGCGUGGAAACAAAGACACGAGUGAAACUGAUCAUAGAGAAAGCGAUAGUCGAAUCAGCCUGCAACUGCGAUGCCGAGGAAGAUGUUCUGGAGGGUAAAAACGUGUGCCUCAAGAGAUUGAUUGAAACGCCUUUCGACCCAUUUUUGCUGGAGAACUACUGCCUGGCCAAUUUGACACUGAACCAAUUGGACAUAUUUAGUGAAUACUACAAAAGACUCGAGGUUACUGGCGAAGCAUCACCAGCCCUCAUGCGGUAUUUGGAUGGUGCUCAUUUGAAAAAGCAAGGGAGGCUGGAAGAAGCGGCUAAAACACUUAAAUUGGUGGAGAGUCUAUCCCCGCCCGAAAGUCUUCAGUCCAAAACUCUUAUCUUACUAGGAGACAUUUCCUCACAGUUAAAAGAUUUUGGUGAUACUCAUCAAUGCUUUCUCAAAGCUGCAAAACUCUGUCCGCACUGGUACUUACCCUACUAUAGCCUUGGUUGCUACUACAUGAGUGUUCUGAAAGACUAUGAUAAAGCAAGACGAUGCUUCCAGAAAUCGUACGAGUUCAACCCAUUCUUCACAGAAGCAGGCAAAGGUCUUAGCGAUGCUUACAACAAACUGAACAUGCCGCAAAAAAACAUUGAGGUCCUCCUCAAAGUCGCAAGUAAUUCAGGCGAGAAAUGGGCAUGGGUUCGUCUAGGCCGCCUCUAUUCCAUCACUAACCAGUAUCAACAAGCUUCCGACUGUUACUUAAAAGUGUUGAAAGCUAAUGAGCAAGACAGCCAGUGCUGGGAGUUACUCGCAGUGUCGUAUUCAGCCCGUGGAAUGUUCCACGCUGCAAUCAAAUCAUUUGAACGCGCAUCUGAAAUCAACCCUAACUUGCUGUACUCAAAGUAUCGUGCAGCAACCAUCAAGCUCUUGAUCGGACGAUUCGAUGAAGCGCUGGAGGAGUUCCGUGUUUUAGUCCAUGAAGAUCCUUCUUCUGUUCCGUACUUGAAGGGGCUGGCGGAGACUUGCGUUAAGCUUGCCCAAGUGCUGUUCAAAAAACACAUCCUAAUAACGUGUAAGGACAGGUGUCAGGAGGCAAUUGAUAAUCUCUGCAGAGCACAUGAAGCUGCCGGGAAGAAGCUAUGCUGUUUAUGGAAACUUUUAGGAGAUGUUAGUUGUCUUGUUGCCAAGUUACCAUCUUCGCUGAAUGAAAUCAUCGUACCCACCUACCUCUCUAAGUCUGAAAUAACUGAGUCUUUGGAUUGCAAACCUGUCCGAAUAAAUAGGAGUGAAGUUCUAGACUUAGCUUCCAGGUGUUACUGGGAAGCUCUUCGUAUCUGUGAAAAUGAACCGUCAUUAAAUGCUGCUGCUAGUCCUUUACUGUACGAUCUAACUUAUUCAUAUAAUUUAAGUGCCACUCUCACGACGGACCCCACUCGAAAAUUGCAGUUAAGAGAACAGGCGUUUGAAGUUGCCGUUAAGUGCAUUUCUUUAGACGACCAGAACAUAGAUUACUGGAAUAUUCUUGGUGCCAUAGCAAUGUCAGAAGAAUUAAAAUUGUAUGAUCUCGCUCAGCAUGCAUUCAUUACAAUCACCGAAAUUAAUGGAAGUAGCGCUGUUGGAUGGAGUAAUUUGGGUGUCCUGUACUUGAUGCAUGGGAACUAUGCGCUGGCGCACAAAAUGUUCCAAUCAGCUCAGGACUCAGAUCCAAAUCAUGUCAGCAGCUGGAUUGGUAUGUCAAUGAUUGCGGAGAAUGUACAGGUAUACGAUGCGAUGGACUUGUUUCGGCAUGCUGCGGCCAUGGAAUACCACCCAGAGAGUAGCCUCGGUUUUGCUGACUUUGUAUGUCAGUAUAUAGCGCCUUCCAAUUCUAAGUCAAAUGUUGACCUAAUGAACUCAGUUCCUGUAGCAAUAGAUUGCCUUUCUCAUUACAUAAUGCAUAAUGAGUCAGAUUUCAAGGCUCUAAAUCUUCUUGGAAUUUUACUCGGAAAAUCUAACCUGAUCAAAAGUAGUCUGCAAGUUUUGAAAAAAGCUCUGUAUCUGUGUCGAGACACUAAAGAUGCGUCUAACACUGUCAAAAGGAAUCUUUGUCACACUCUAAUGGAAGCAGGAUCGUUUUCAGAGGCCAUUGCUGUGUUUUCAUCGAUAUCUGAUAAAGAUCCCAACGUUAAGUUGGGGUUUGCUCAUGCGUAUGCCAAAGAUAAACAGUUUGACAAAGCAUACAGUUUGUAUCGCUCAGUUUAUGGCGUUUUGAAGAAAGAAGACAAUUUGCGGGGGCAUCUUCUUCUAGCAAUGGCAAGUGCAGCUUACCAAAGUGAAAACGUAGAAGAUGCUGAGGCUAUUUUAUAUGAAUGCCUGAAUCAUCCGAGCUUUUCUGCCAAGGCUUUGAUUGCGUUAGGAGCGCUCUUUUUAUUGGAGGACGAAAAUCUCAACGCAGUAUAUCUAGUCUUACGGGAUCUGGAGCCUUUCAAGUUCUAUCCCGAACAUUGCUCUCAGAUAGCGUUUUUAAAUGCAGUUUCGAAAGUUAUUCAGGGAAAUGUACACCUAGCCAAGAGUAAAAUUAGCAGUCUGAUAAUACGGUGGCCAAAUCACAUAAAGUUCUGGUUGGAUUUGACGGGAAUUUUACUGUAUUGCAACUUCCCGCCAGUUCACCAGGUUUCAGGAUCUGCUUUGAAUGCAUGCAUAGCCAUGUACAACAGGAAAGUGCCUGCAGACAUGCAAGAAAGUCUGACGUUCACAAGUCUUUCAUUCCUGGCCAUGAAGGAUUUCGAAAAAGCUCUCUUCACAGCUCAAAAGAUCGUUCUACGCUAUCCCACAUCAGCCUCAGGGUGGAUUCUGACUCUGGCAGCAUUAUUCUUAAGAGACAAAAGUUUGGACUCUGUGAGUCCUCUAGUUGAAUUUAUUUCAAAUCUUGACUGUCCAGAGCAACAAAGAGACUGGGUCCUUAGAUUAAAGCAGUAUGUCGUUAAGUAAAUGCUAAUUAUAUGCUCUGCUUGAGUUUUGUCAUUUUCAUAGCGCUCAAUGAUUUGCUCGGAUUUUUUCAGCCCAAACAAGAGUUUCUCGAUCUUGUAACUCUUUUGAAAAAGCCUUAUAUAGCAAAUUUUCAGGUUAUCCAAGAGCUACGUGCUAGAGAUUUUAAAAUCCUCUGGUCAUUGAAAACUUUAUAAAGCUGACAAUUGUUGUCGUUAACCACUCAUUUUGUCAGCCCAAUGGAGAAUUUGCACGCAAA